CCACGCGCUCGAUUUCACUCGCCGCCGCCGCCGCCGCCUCCCUACUCUCUGCCGCCGCCGUCGCCGCCGCUUGCUCCGUACUCCUCCUCUUCAGCGGCGAUGAAGGGACGGCAAGGCCAGCGCGUGAGGCUGUACGUCCGCGGCACCAUCCUCGGCUACAAGAGGUCGAAGUCGAACCAGUACGAGAACACGUCGCUGCUGCAGAUCGAGGGGGUGAACACCAAGGAGGAGGUUGGGUGGUACGCCGGGAAGCGCAUCGCCUACGUCUACAAGGCCAAGACGAAGAGCAACGACUCCACCAUCCGCUGCAUCUGGGGCAAGGUCACCCGCCCGCACGGCAACUCCGGUGUCGUCCGCGCCAAGUUCCGGUCCAACCUCCCGCCCACCUCCAUGGGCAAGAAGGUCCGCGUCUUCAUGUACCCCAGCAGCAUCUAAAAGCAUCCAAGGUUUCUUGCCUAUGCUGCGAAACUGAUAGUUGUCACCGUGGAGGGUUUUAUAUCAGCUAGUCACUUGGUUAACCAGUCAGAAAUUUAAGCGGUUUUGAGGAGUUUUAGCUUUUCUUUUUAUUUCGGACUAUUUGCUGUAUCAUGAUGACAAUUAUUUGAAGGCUUUUUAGCGGAUUUGAAGCUACAGAGGUUUAGCAUUUGUAUCGUGAUCUCAGCCGUUUGAUAUCGUAUCUGUAUAUCUAAAUUUGGUUGGCACUGCUCGUUGAGUAUAUUUGAAAAUGAUAGGCAGAUGGAUUCAGUGGUUCAGA